AUGAAGUUAAUCUCUGUGGGCAUAGCUUGUGUCUGUAUGUUGGCGAAUGCACUGACAGAUGCCAGGCCUAUUGAGGAUGAAGAUGACCCUUACAGAGAACCUGCAGGCAUGCUUUACUGGCCUUUCUCGUCCAAUGAUUUCUGGUCAUAUGUGGAGUACUUCCGGACCUUGGGAGCGUACCACAGAAUCAAUGAACUGGCCAGAACCUUCUUUGCUCACCAGCCACUUGGAAAUACUCUUGGAUAUGCUGUCCCAUAUCAUGAGCACUAA